AUGUCUGAAUCAUCUUAUAUCAUCACGUUGAAGAAGGGGGCCGACCUCGCCAAGGUCAGAGAGUCCAUCGAGCAGAUCGGCGGGAGUAUCCUGCACGAGCACUCGCUCAUCAACGGCCUCAGUGUGAAGUUGCCCGAGGUCACGGCCUUGGAGCAGAUUAAGUCGCAGCACGACGACUUGAUCCAGCACAUCGAGAAGGACCAGGAGAUGCACAUUUUGGACAACUAG